AAUAGUAGUUGUGACCUUUGAAGAAGAGGCUCUUUAUUGUCACUACCGUCAUCGUCGUCAUUCUCAACGGUUCAGUGCGAUCAACCGGCACCGGUGUGGGUAGACAGACGUCCAAGGUCAAACACUUCUUGAGCCAACAUCCCCCCGCCUAAUCGAUCGCGUGAUCGCGAGCGCCAAGUUUUGAAGAUGCGACAAAAAAUAUUGAACUUGGUGAUCUUCCUAGUGCUGUUGGGUGCCGUUAGUGCCAGUGAAUUGCUCGAUUUGAGCUGCGACGAUGACAAAGAGUGCGAAACGUUCAAUAGCAGUGCCGUCAAAAGCACGUGCUCCAACGGUACCUGCCACUGCGAACUGAUAGACGGCGGUAAUCAGACCGAUUGCAAACCGGUGGUCGUCAAAGUGUCCAAUCAAAUCGGAGGGCAGUGCCCCUGCCAUGCGGAAAAUUCCUACUGUAAUGAGGAAACCAAGCUGUGCAUAUGUAAGGAAGGGUUCAUUCCUAGCCGAGAGGGGAAACGGUGCAUGAGCAAAUCCGUUGAACUGGGAAAAACCUGCGAGAUCGACGAACAGUGUAUUAUUAACGAUCACUUCUCGCAUUGCGAUGACGCACAUCUCAAUUGUACCUGUUCCAACCACUUUGUCAUCUUCCAGAAGGAGUGUCGGUCCAUUAUCGCAUCACCAGGAGACAAGCCUUGCCAGCAGGAUAAGGACUGUUCCAACCAUACGGCCAACUCGCUUUGCCACGAGCACCAAUGCAUCUGCCAGGGAGGAUUCGUGGCGAAUGCUGAGAAUAGCACCUGCUUGCCGGUAGCUCACUACGAACAGCAGUGUAGCGACUCGAACCAAUGCAUCGCCCAACUUGGCAUCGGAUCGCUCUGUAGCGAGGGAAAGUGCGUUUGCAACGAGCAGUACUAUCCGUUCCCGACGGAAGCCCACAAUAGCACCAAUCCGGAGCACAAGAUUCACGUGCUGUGCAAGAGGAAAGUCACUCACGGUGCCAGCUGUAAUAAUAACAAGGAGUGCUACCAGUUCCACCGUGGCCCUCAUGAACAGACGAUGGAAUGCUUUAUGAAUGAGUGCGUUUGCACGCAUGGCUUCUACGAGAAGGGAGGCAUCUGCAUUAGCCAUAGUGGCUCCUCAACAAUCCAAGUAUCAUCCAUAGUAACGACAUUCCUGUUAGUAGCAGCGUUCUUAUCUAAACAAUUGUUUACCUGUUGAAUAAUUCUAUCUUUGUGUACAUACAGUAAAGGUAUUUGUUGAAUUGUUGAUUUAUUUUCGAUAAUAAAAAUAUGUUCUAACGUCAACAA